GAAGGUUUGGCUAGUGGCUGGAGAGGGACGGAGGCAAGAGGGUGAGGAGUGGCUGAUUCACUUGCAUGUUUCCACCAUUGUUGUUUUACAUUCACUUUACUAAGAUUGUAGUUUUACACAGUGUGUGGAUUUCAGGUGGUAAUGAUGCAACUGCUGUUGUUGAGAGGGGUUCUGUGUUGUCUAUUUUUCAUAUUUUUCUGUAUUUAACCUUCAUUGGUUUUCUACGUCAGGCUGUUCUGGCUGUCAUGGCUGUGACUAGCUGUUCUUUCCACCAGGCCUUUCUCUCUCUGCUCACACAGCUCAGCAGCCAUUUUUUCUUCUCUCACUGCAUUUCUCGACUGCCUUCUCCCUUCAUAACAAUUCUUCCCUUCUCUCUUUCUUUUUGUUUGUGUUUACCUCAUUAUCACAACUAUUCCGUCAUCUGGAUUGAACUGAGAAUUGUUGCUUUUUGAAAAACCAAAGAUGAGGCUACAGGAUAUGGGUGUGUGUGUGUGUGUGUGUGUGUGUGUGUGUGUGUGUGUGUGUGCAGAUGUGUUUGACCAUGCAUUUGGAUCAGAGAGCAGCACUAGUUUAACUGCACGUACUGUACAAGCAGAGCAGAGCAGUGCCUUUUGUCCACAAAGCCAUAAUAUACAGACACAGUGCACUUCAGUCCCAUUAUAUUUUUGCAGUGCUCACUAUUAAAAAAAUAAAGAUUUGUUUGUUUCUGCAGAGUUAUAACCCACUGGUAUUGAAUAACAUUGUAAAAAAUAUGUUCUAUGAGCAUUGGUUGUUUUUGAUAAAUAAAGAUGUUAUAAUUGCUUGACUGACCAUAUAUCUUUUUCAUAUUACCCUACCCUUGUCAUCAUACACUUCAUAUUUCAUUCACAUAGGUAUUGUUAUAUUGUAUUCCCCCCAAACCAGCUGACUGCCAAUCCACUUACAGGAAAAUUACAAAAAGUAUAUUAAUCUUCUAUAUUGUAUUAAUACCUUGGACGAGAUCCAUCAUCCUCCUGAUUAUAUAUAUCAGAAAUAUAUAUAGCAAAAAGGAACUCUCAAAGGCCCGUCUUUGCUGCUCCCGUGUUCCAUCGGUAGCUUUUUAAGAAAGGUAAAAUCAAUUACUGGUAUGUCAUCAUUUUUCUCCCCAUAUAAUUUGUUUAAUUAUAGCAAUGCUAACCAUGUAUUGAUUGCAAAGGACAAAUAUUUUUGCUAAGUGCCCACAUUUAAUGUCAUCAAAAUGUCACAUAUACCCCUGGUGUAGACCAGCAAGCCAUUUCCUAAAACAAUACAGUGAAGUUACAUAAGCAAGGAUGAAGGAGGCAUAAAUAGGACUAGACGUACGUCAGCUGGACUUUGUUUUUUGCAUCAGUAUGAUGCAUGGAUUGAUUUGAAGACGUAGUAGGAGAGAAGGGAUACGAAAGGAACAGACACAAUGGCCUUAGUCUUUCAAAUUUGAAGAUAAUUACAUUUAUUGCCCUGAAAAAUAUCACCAAUUUAUCACUUUUAAACCUAAGCAAAUUCUACUUUAAUAUUAAUUGUGUGGUUAUUUCCCAUCAACAGAAUAAACUGAUUUGGAAUAAAUGAUUAACUAUGACUGUUUUUUUUAGAAAAUUCAUGUCUUCAAGAGUAUGAACAUGUUCAUUAUGUCAACUAUGAUCUAUGGAUUGUAUUGGCUUUAAUCUUGCACAACCCCAAAACUAAAAUAUGUGUCCCGUAAUCUAAUGCACUAAUUACUAUGAAAGUGAUUAGGAGCAUUUAACACCAGAUCACAAGGGAUCAGCUGUAAUCACACGCAGUGUUUAUCUCUGAUCUAUUAUGCUGAUUUUUGGCAAAGAGAAAUAAGGAAAAGCAUUUUUAAUUUCCUCUUAUUAUAUCAGACAAAACAGCAUAUUUCAGCAACAAUAAGAACAUGUUUAAAUUCAUUCCUGUUUUUCUGUUACUACAUGAAUCAGAUAACUAAUACAAAGACAGUAUGAAGACUCUCACUGCAAAAUUUUAUAUUUAUAGCAUGUUGAAGAAUUUAGCAUUGAUAGAUACGAGUAAACAUGGCUUAGGUUACUUAUUAUUCUACCAUUUAAUCUGUGUUCCCAAGGUGAUCUCCUCAUCAGAACCGGAGCAAGACCAUGGGAGAUAUGAAGACGCCAGACUUCGAUGACCUGCUGGCGGCCUUUGACAUCCCCGACAUGGUGGAUCCUAAAGCCGCUAUUGAAUCUGGCCCCCAUGAUGACCAUGAUGGACAGCACAAGCAACCCAGUGGUGGGGUGAAUACUAAUGAAGAUGAGUCCGGACAUGGACAAGAUGUUGGCAUAAGUGUCAUUGUCAAGAACAUCCGAAACACGGACACUAGUGAGCAUGGUGGAACAAUAUCAGAGAAGGAUGGACAUUUAAAGCCCCAAACCCAUUCUGUAGGCAUUGUAAAUGGACUUCAUAAUGGCUUCUUGCCCCAAUCAUCUACCUUCAAUCAGUUUAGCCCAAUCUCCAGUGCUGAAGAGUUCGAUGACGAUGAUAAAAUUGAGGUAGAUGAUCCCAUGGAUAACAAAGGAGGUCAGUCAUUCUUCCGAUCCACUACCAAGUCAGAGAACCAGAAUCCCAAAUCUCCUGUAUCUUUGGAAAAUGCUCCUAAGCCCAGAGCAACCAGGAACCAAAAGCCUGAUCGAAACAAGGACACCAGUGGCACUCUGGGAGGAUCGAAGUCUAACGAGCCCCCUCAAUCAAGUGUACCUGAGGGGGAAAUGGAGGAAAAUGUCCUCCAGUCUCAGGGUCAGGAGGGCAAGGAGGCUGGAGACCCAACGGGGCUUGUUAAUGUGUCCAGUGUGUCUCAGGUGAAAGCCAAGUCCUCUGCAAAACUGUCAUCUUGUAUAGCAGCCAUAGCGGCCCUCAGUGCCAAAAAAGCUAGUGCUACAGACGUUUCGGAUUCUCCUACAAAACAGAAAGAAUCCACCCUGGCCAAUAAAAAUCCCAAAACUCCAGAAAAGCCACAGGAGCAGGAGUCAGCCCUAGAGUUUGCAAAGAGGCUGCUAACAAGACAACCAGACAGCCCCUCUAGUGUUAUUAGUGACAGUAGCAGCAAAGGUUCCCCUGCCUCAAGCACAGACACCACACCAGUCAUCCCAAAAGUCAGGAUUAAAACAAUCAAGACGUCAUCUGGGCAGAUUAAGCGCACGGUCACAAGAGUUGUACCCGAGUUUGAUCCUGAAGGUCUGAAAAUAGGAGAUAAUAGCUUUUCUGUCAUGGCAACCACCAGAGUAAUUUCCUCAUCUCCUACUAGGGCCUCUCUGCCAACCACAGUAUUAGCCACAACUGGAGGCCCUUCAAUUGAAAUAACAAAGCAAAUGACUAUUAAACCUGUGGCAACAGCUUUCCUGCCUGUCUCAGCAGUCAAGACAGCUGGGUCCCAAGUCUUCAACCUGAAGCUAGCUAACAACACCACAGUCAAAGCAACGGUAAUCCCCGCUGCUUCAGUGCAAAGUGCAAGCAGUGCCAUCUUGAAAGCUGCAAAUGCCAUCCAGCAACAAAAUGUCAUGGUACCUGCCUCCAGUUUAGCUAAUGCCAAACUUGUGCCAAAGACAGUCCAUCUUAGUAAACUUAAUCUUCUGCCUCAGGCUGUAUCCUCUGCUGUCUGUGAUCUCCAACAGGCCCUGUCCUCCUCCAAACAACCACAUCAAGUCAAACAACAGACAAUCCUCCCUGGCCGGGCCUCAAAGAAAGUCUCUAGGAUUCAAGUGUUCAGCAGCUCUCAAAGCUCUGUAGUGGACGCCUUCAAUAAAGUCCUGAGUAGCAUAAAUCCUGUCCCUGUGUAUGUCCCGAACCUCUCUCCGCCAACCUCAGCUUGUAUCUCUCUGCCCUCACGUGGCUACAAGUGCCUGGAGUGUGGAGAUUCAUUCGCUCUUGAGAAGAGCCUGACACAUCACUACGAACGUCGCAGUGUACGGAUCGAGGUCACCUGCAACCACUGUGCCAAAAGCCUAGUGUUCUACAACAAGUGCAGCCUUCUGUCCCAUGCCAGGGGGCACAAGGACAAAGGGGUUGUCAUGCAAUGCUCACAUCUAAUCCUAAAACCCAUUCCUGCAGAUCAAAUGAUAACCACAUCACCCUCAUCAGGCCCACCCAACGUCACUGCCACCACCUCCACCUGCCAAGCACAAGCACCCACUGGUCAAAUCUCUGGGAGAGUUGCUGGUGGAGGGUCUCAAAGUACAGUGAUUUUAGCUCCAUCCAGUGCUCCUCUUGUGGCAGCCAUGCCUUUGGAGGAUGACGCAUCGAAGCUCUGCAGGCACAGCCUGAAGUGCUUAGAGUGUAACAAAAUGUUCCAGGAUGACAGCUCGCUAGCAAUGCACUACCAACAGGCAGCAGAGUCCAGCGGGCAGAAAACAUGCACCAUCUGCCAAAUGCUUCUCCCAAAUCAGUGCAGCUUUCUGUCACACCAGCGAAUCCACCAGCACAAGUCUCCUUACAUCUGCCCCGAGUGUGGUGCCAGCUGCCGUUCUGUCCACUUCCAAUCACAUGUCACCAAGAACUGCCUGCAUUAUAGUCGUAGAGUCGGCUACCGCUGUAUCCACUGUAAUGUGAUCUUCGCCGAUGUUGCAACUGUAAAAUCCCAUAUCCAGAAUUCUCACUGCGAGGUCUUUUUUAAAUGUCCUCUCUGCCCCAUGGCUUUCAAGUCAGCACCUGCCACUCACUCUCAUGUGAACUCACAGCAUCCAGGAAUGAAGGGAGGAGAGCCCAAGAUGAUCUAUAAGUGUUCCAUGUGUGAUACCGUGUUCACUUUGCAGUCCCUGCUCUACACGCACUUUGAUCAGCACAUCGUCAAUCAUAAAGUUGCUGUAUUCAAAUGUCCUGACUGCUCCAUGCACUACGCACAGAAACAGCUCAUGUUGGACCAUAUCAAGUCCAUCCAUGGAACCCUGAAGACCAUUGAGGGUCCACCAAACUUGGGCAUCAACCUCCCUCUCAGCACCAAGCCCACUAACUCCAUCAGCACCAACAGCCCCAGUAAUAAUAAUAAUAAUAACAACAACAAAGAUGGAGGAAAUGUCAAUGGUCAGGACAAGGGGGAAAAGAAGUCUUCAGCUUCACCUCUGAAGAAGACAAACAGCAACUGCUCAGCAGACCACAAGAACCCUCCCAGCUCAGGAUACACAUGUGGAGACUGCAGCAGUCUUUUUAGUUCCAGGGAGGCUUUUGUGGCUCACAUGAGGCGCGAACAUGGCAAGACACUGAAGAAACACCCAUGUCGGCAGUGUGACAAGUCCUUCAGCUCCUCCCACAGUCUUUGCCGACACAACCGUCUCAAACACAAGGGACUGCGGAAGGUCUACAGCUGCCCGCACUGUCCAGCUCUCAGUCAGCCGUUCACUAAAAGAGUGCUGCUGGAUCAGCACAUUCAUAUGAUGCAUGGAGUCAAAGACCCAGAGGGGAAGACUGUCAACUCUGAUAAUAUGGAGGCUUCAUCUGUCAAGGAAACGACCCUGAGCCCUAAAAGGAAGCCAGAAGAGGACGAGGGGUCUCCGAGCCUGAACUCCAGGGGUUCUGACUCACAGCCGUUGAAAAGGCUCAAGGUGAACAUCCUGAAAGUCCACAAGUGUGCCGUCUGCGGCUUCACCACUGAGGACAUUGCAGGUUUCCAUGAGCACAUUCCCCAGCACAAGUCCGACGGCUCGUCAUACCAGUGUCAGGAGUGCGGCCUGUGCUACACAUCCCACCGCUCGCUGGCCCGACACCUCUUUAUCGUCCAUCGGCUGAAAGAGCCGCAGGGUCUCGGUCGGUUUAACGGACGGGGCAAGGAUGACGACGAGAGUCAGAGAGAGAAUCAGCUGGACGUUUCAGACGGGACACCAAAUACCAAAUGCAAAGUGUGCGGGAAGAUGUUUGAAACAGAGGGAAACCUGAACACUCAUAUGAGGACACACGGGAUGGCGUUCAUAAAAUCAAAGAGACUCAGCACGGCUGACAAGUGACACUUUUAAACCAUUCCACCUAAAGCUAAUUUAAACUACAACCUUCAAUAUAUUAUGCUGUACAUACAUAAUGUACAUGUAGGGUAAUACUAUAUGUAUACAGUAUACACAUAAAAUAUGUAAUAUAUGUCAAAGUCACUUUAAGUGUCCAAGUAAAUUGAACUAGUUUUUUGUACACACAUAGAUGUUUCUAUAGGCUUUGAAUAGAUCUUUUUAUAGAAGAGCAUUUUUAUUUUAGCACUUUCCAUUGUUUUCACUAGGACUAGAUAAUGUAUGGAUAUAUUGUUGUAAUGGGAUUAAUCCUCAUACAGUCAGCAGUGUUCUGAAUGUUCAAUGCUGCUAUUGUCUAAACGAAUGUCUGAAAGAAAAAUAUACAUAUAUGAAACUUUCGAGAGCUUCAGGUUACCGCAGUAGCUCACACGUUACCCCUAACUGAGGUCAUUCAUUUCACUUAAAGGGGACAUAUUAUGCUCAUGUUCAGGUUCAUACUAGUAUUCUUGGUUUCUGUUCACAUGCUUUAAUGUUAAAAAGAAAAACCUAUCUUUCAGCCCCCUCCUGAAAAAAAACUAAGACGUCCGCUCUGAUUGGUUAGCGUUUCUGAAGUAACAGGGUCAGCACUUUUUGCUGCGAAAAAUCACCAGUAAAAGCUUUGAAACCAACGUCCAGAAUCAAACAUGUUCCAGUAGGAAUGUGAUCUGAAACUGGGAUGAAAUUAACAACAGCAGCCAUCAAGAUUACACAUUUUCCUGAUGUUAGCAUGUAGCUACAUGUAGCAGUGUAUGUAAACGCUGCAGUAAUGUGCCUGGAGCAGAUGACCAUGUAUAGAAAUCCGUUAUGAGCUUACAUCAGCUUGAGCCGGAAGGAGAAAACAGUUAAAUUCAGAACAGUUGUAAUUUGAGAUUUUUGCUCACAGGGAGCAUUCUUUGAAACUCUGGCCACAUUUAAUGUACAUCUGAAAGCAAAAAACGUCCCCUUUAAGUGCAGUGGAAGAUCAGCAUCAAAUAUUGUUAAUUUUUCUUUUAUUUCAUGGAUAACUAAUAUUUAUCUUUAAACAAUAAACUAUGGCUCUAUUCUCCUUCUAAUCCUAAACCAAUAUUGCUUAAACUAAAUAUCUAAAUAUCCAAGAUAAAGCCUAUGUUCAGCCGCAUCUUGAUGCCUGUUUCAAAAUAAUUAUCAAUUACAUAUCAAAUAUGUACAAACAAAAAUUCAGAAAUGAGUUUAAAGCUCCCUGUUUUGUGGAGGAUUGUGUAAAAAAUUUCACAUUCGAUGACAAAUAUAUGGGCCAAAUUUGUAUUAGCUUUUGAAAUACAUUUUGGAAAAAAUUGUCAAACUUUUUUAUGUUUCACUCCAGUCUUAAUUUAUAUAAAUAUAUGGCAGCUCUCUGUGAUAAGGUCACAUAAAAAAGGUUUAUUUACGUAUUUAACGUAAGCUAAAAAAAAAAAAGCACUUGCCUUUUGUUUAACAGCAGUCUUCUUUGCAUCGUAACCAAUGUCAACAUUUUUAUUUUUGCCUUGUUUCUGCAGUUUGUGGUACUAUGGUUUUAAUGUGAAAGAAAUAAUGAGCGUUCACUGGCAGGAAUAACACUGGGAAAAACAUCCAAACUGAAGAAAUACUUCUAUGAAUGUAAACUGGGCUGUGAAACUGAAUUAUUGAUACAAGACAACCAGUUCAAUUACAUGAACAAUAACUGAAAGUUGUUAGAAUGACAAAAUGGGUUUCCGUUGCUUUCUUUGUUUAAAAAAAAAAAAAACGUGAUUCCAUUUUGGACUGUAGUUUUUCUACUCUGACAAUAAGACUUUUAAUUGUCUCGCGAUGUAAAACUGCAUGUGAGAAGCAGUCUGUGAAAUGUUUGUUGAUUAGAAUGUAUCUCGUUGCUGCUGCUGCUGUUUUUAGACAUUUCUGAUGCUUGUGUACAAAAGCUGUUCUUUAUGUCAAUAAAUGAUGACACCUGCAGAGGUACGAUGUCCACUGCACAUGAGACAUCAUCUCCUCUCUAUGGGAUUAUAUCAUUCAUA